GUCAUACAUACUCCGAGACUUGUGGUCGGUGUCGCCGCCAUACACAAAAGAGGCUGUGGGGAUAAACCAGUUAGCAGAUCCUUCUCCCUCUUUCCCACCUUUCCUCUCGGCCACUACGAGUCUCCUCAGUUCAAACGCCACAAAAUGUCUUCCAGGGCGCUUCGCAAACUGCAGCGAGAGCAAGAACUACAAAGGCAGGUUGAACAGGCUAAGAAAGAAUACGAGCAGCAGGAAGAUGACGACGAAGAAGACGAAAAUGACGGAGACGAUGAAAACACCCAUCAUCGAGCAGUGCAGACCUCGAAGAUUAGAAAUGCGUUUGACAUGCUAGACGAUGUUCAAGACGAUGACAGUUCCGACCACGAAGAUUCCGAGCCUCUCCCUCCACAACCCUCGACUAAACAGUCUCUUUCAGAUGAAGAAUCGAAGCCCACCCCUCGCUCUAAACCCAAGAAGAAGAAAAAGAAGUCAAAGAAAAAGGCCAAAGGUAAUGCAACAGAGCCUGAGCCGCAAAACCACCAAUCCGACGAUGAGAUCGACCGAGCCCUAAGAGAACUCAAUGCAAAGAGUCCAUCUCGAUCUACACAACCGCUAGAACAGGUGGAAGACCAGACAUGGGAUAUGAGUGCGACGCAGUUCCUUGGUAUUGAAGAGAAGAAUCUGAACCCAUUAAAUGAGAUGAAGAGUCUUUUCGGAAAUAUUGCGCUUGAAGGUGAAGGGCCCCGCACACAAACGCGAACCCCUCGACGUCGAGAGCUGAACCAGCAAGGGGGUGGUGUUGAUCUGGCGACGGCACUGACGGGAAGAUAUUCACAUGCCUCGAGGGGUAGGGAACUCGGUGCUUUGGCUUCUAGAAGGAACAUUUUCAUCCAAGGAAGAGAAGAGUGGCCGCUAGCAACCAGUGGUGGGCUCAGCAUGGAUUUGUCGGAUCAAUCGAAGGCUCCAGUCAAAAGAUACAAUAUCAUGCACAACCAACUCUACCGAGAGACCCAGAUGCAUUUUCGUAUGGCGGUUGAAUCCAUGGACCCUCAGAGAAUGAUUGGGCUACUCUCCAUGUAUCCUUAUCAUAUUGCCACUCUACUCCAGGUCUCGGAGAUUGCCAAACACCAAGGCGAUCAUUCAGUCUCAGGCGAUCUACUCGAAAGAGCGCUUUACACCUUUGGAAAAUCCGUCCACAGCUCAUUCCCAGCAGCGGUGAGGACUGGCAAUGCCAGGCUAGGCUUCUCCAAGCCUGCCAACCGAGAAUUAUAUCUUGCUAUCUGGAGAUACAUCAAGAAUCUUGAAAUGCGAGGAACUUGGAGAACGGCAUUCGAAUGGUCCAAGAUUCUCUUACAAUUCGAGCCGGUUAAUGACCCAUUCGGAGUGACGUUGAUGAUCGACCAGCUAGCCCUGCGAGGCAGACAGCACUCGAAAUUCAUCGAACUCUGCUCGAACGACGCUUUUGGCUCGGCAUGGUCGCAUCUGCCCAACAUCCAAAUUUCACUCGCUCUCGCACAUUUAAGAAAUGGAAAGCCUCGCGAGGCACGACAGCAAUUGGCAUCGGCAAUCCACCGUUACCCAUACAUAUUGUCCGGCCUCGCCUCCGCUCUUGACAUCAGCCCCUUACCCAAAUCAUUAUGGGCCAAGCUCCCUUCCACCGACGCCGAAAAGCUGUAUACCCAACUCUACCUCACUCGAGCCAAAGAUCUUUGGACCACUCCCGAAGCCACGAGUUUACUGGUUGAAGUGGCCGAAACCCUUGGACAUUACCCACAAUCACCUUCCACACCACCAACUCCCAAGCUAGAGAUCUCACUCGAAGAAGCCCGUCACAUUAUGCUUCUCGAAAUCCCACAUCUCAUCGCCCUCCUCCCCCGUCGCUUCACAAACAUGCCAACCUCAUCCUCAGAUGUUCUACCACCUCCUGAUUCAGAAUCGGACUUUGUCCGCCGCGCCCCGGCAGGACAGAACCCAGCACUACUCAACACGCCCAUGCAAACCAUAUUCAACGCUGCGGGAGCAACCGCCGGCGCCACAGGAACCAUCUUGCAAAGGAUAAUGAACUGGUUCGGCCAGCCUGCUGGCACCGGACAGGACGAAUCAGAAGGACAGGCAGCAUUGCGUCAACUCCAGGAAGAGCUAGGUGGUAAUGUGCCUCCGGAAAUGAUUGAACAACUGCUACAGAUCCAUCUAGACGAAGCUCACGGCGAAGACAACGAGAUCGAUCCUGCUGGUCUAGGCAUGGGUGUCCCUGGCGCAUGGGGGGAGGAUGAGGAAGCCGAGGACGCCGAGGACGCCGAGGACGCCGAGGACGGAGAUAGUAUGCCCGAACUUGAAGGAUAUUCAUCUCUACCCAGAACUCCAGAUACCGAUACACCUGUUCCACCUAUCGGCUUUCCAAGAGCCGCCAUGGUCGAGGAUGACGAUGAGGAUGACGAGGACGGAAAUGAUGACAGUCGCAGCAAUGCAGCAGCACAAUCGAGACAAACAGAUCAAAUAUCUCUGGGCAACGCCGUGCUCCGCCGUGUCGACUCGGAUGAAUCACUCGAUUCAGACCAUAGACGUCCCAUCACAGCCACACAACAAAACACCAUCCCGUCGAAUACUACACUCAACACGACCCAACCGAAUCCGACCUCCGUUCCCACUCCAGGUACACAGCCUUCUCAAGCUUCUUCGAUAGCAGCGGCAGCAAACGAGCAAUUCGCAGAUCCACAACGUCUACAACGAUGGCUUCUAACGACCGGUCUUUCAGAGCUUCAAGCCGAUUCAAGUGCCAGCACACUCAACACGUAUGUCACUCGACUGCGGAGCUUGAGGAAAGCGCAACAGGACUGGAUUGUCAAUAUGGUUCGACAGCGAGCAGGCGCUGCGAUGGAGGAAAGAGUUCGAGGAGCCUUGUAGUUAGUCAUUAGUAGCUCGUGCUUAGGAUGACAUGGUAUCCUUUGCACAAGGCUUGUAACAUAGGUAUGUAGAGAGCCUGGUAACGUGAUAAAUGAGACAAAUGGCAAAAAUCAUGGAUGACAGAUGCAAAGUCGAGAUGGAAUGAAAGUCAAGUCUUCUCCUU